UACCCCCAUGUUCCGACAAAGCAUUAAACAAGACUAUCAAGUAAUCAACUGCUAAAGACUAGGAUUUGACAAACCACCUUCCAAAAACGACCUCGUUUCAUUCCCACCUGAACAAACACAACUCAAAAAACUCUUCCCCUCAAAGGUUUCAGAUAAACUUGAAGCUUAAAAAUUUUAUUUUUAGACAAAAAAAAAAAAGGUCAGUUUAGUUGGUUGAGUUCUAAAACGAACUGAAACAAAAACAAAGAAGUUUUUGUUGCUCCACUUUCAGAUUUGAGAUCUUCAAGUUCUUUCCCACUGAAGAACGAAAACCCAUGUAAGCUUCCUUUUGAUCCGAACUAUUUGACAAUGACAGAAGAUGACAAUCCAUGAACAGGGCUACAUAUUUAGUCACAAUUAUUCCUUAUGAAAUGGAUAAAAGAAGAGUCCUAUGGUUUUACAGCCCUCUUACUUUAAUUUAGCUUAAAUUUGUUGAAAAUGAAGAAGUGGUCUGGAGGCAUGUGUAUCAUGGCUCUUGCGGUGAUCUUGGUUCUCCGUUACAGCCUUAUAGGAAUCCAGCCACAGAAGCAGUCAGCAUAUGAUUUCUUUAGAAACCAUCCAACCAGUGAUUCUCAAAUGAGGGACAGUGGCACCAUUAAGUCUUCUAAAAUGGAAGUGAAAAAAGUAUCAAAGCCGUUAAAAAAGCCCCCUCUUAAAGAUAUUGAAGGACUCAGUGAUCUGUAUGCUUCUAAAAAUAUUUCUGAGGAAGAAUCAAAGGCCCUGCUUGUAUGGGCUCACAUGCGUAUGCUACUUUCCAGGAAUGACACUUUUCCUGAAACAGCUGAUGGAGUCAAAGAGGCUUCCAUAGCAUGGAAAUAUUUACUCUCCACAAUUGAGAAGGAAAAAGCCUCUAAGUUUAGCAACAGUAACAACUCCGACGAUAAAAAUUGUCCUUACUCUGUUAGUACACUUGAUAAGACAGCAAUGAGUGAUGGAGUCAUUCUUGAGCUCCCUUGUGGUCUAGUUGGGGAUUCUUCAAUUACUUUAGUUGGCAUUCCCAAUGGACAAAAUGGAAGCUUUCAAAUUGAACUCGUAGGAUCACAACUUUCUAGGGAGCCAACACCUCCUAUUAACUUGCAUUUCAAUGUCAGUCUUCCUGGAGAUAAUAUGACAGAGGAGCCAUUUAUAGUUCAGAAUACAUGGACUAGUGAAGCUGGUUGGGGCAAAGAGGAAAGAUGUCCUGCUCAUGGUUCUGCUAACCUCAUCAAAGUUGAUGGACUUGUUCUUUGCAAUGAACAAAUUGCCAGGGGCACUGUGGAAGAUAAUCUGAAUGUGAGUCAUCCUACAAGUGACAUGUUUACAAAUGUUUCCAGGGAAAGUGCCCAUGGAAGUGUGAGUUUCCCAUUUGUUGAAGGGAAUCCCUUCACUGCCACAUUGUGGGUUGGUCUGGAGGGCUUUCAUAUGACUGUAAAUGGAAGGCAUGAAACGUCUUUUGCAUAUAGGGAGAAACUUGAACCAUGGUCAGUUAACAGAGUCAAAGUGGCGGGUGGUUUGGAUCUCUUAUCUGCCUUGGCUAAAGGCUUACCUGUUUCUGAAGAUAAUGAUUUGGUUGUUGAAGUAGAGCACCUCAAAGCUCCAUCAGUUUCAAGAAAACGACUUAUAUUGUUGAUUGGGAUUUUCUCUUCGGGAAAUAAUUUUGAGCGUCGUAUGGCACUGAGGAGGUCUUGGAUGCAAUAUGAGGCUGUUCGCUCUGGGGAUGUAGCUGUCCGAUUUUUCAUUGGCCUUCACAAGAACAACCAAGUCAAUUAUGAGCUAUGGAGAGAAGCUCAAGCAUAUGGGGAUAUCCAGUUGAUGCCCUUUGUUGAUUAUUACAGCUUGAUCGCUUUGAAAACAGUUGCAAUUUGCAUCUUUGGGACCAAAAUCCUCCCUGCCAAAUUUAUCAUGAAAACAGAUGAUGAUGCUUUUGUUAGGAUUGAUGAAGUUCUCUCUAGCCUCAAGAGAAAGGCACCUAAUGGACUCUUGUAUGGUCUUAUUUCUUUCGAAUCAGCACCCCAUAGGGAUAAAGACAGCAAAUGGUAUAUAAGCACUGAGGAAUGGCCACCUGCUUCAUAUCCACCAUGGGCCCAUGGUCCAGGAUACAUUAUCUCUCGGGACAUUGCAAAAUUCAUCGUUCGUGGUCACCAUGAAAGAGAGCUUAAGCUUUUUAAACUAGAAGAUGUUGCAAUGGGCAUAUGGAUUGAACAAUUCAAGAAAAGUGGCCAAGAAGUGCAUUACAUCAAUGAUGAUAGGUUUCACAAUGCUGGAUGUGAACCAAAUUAUGUUCUGGCCCAUUAUCAAGGCCCGAGGAAGGUGCUAUGCCUUUGGGAGACGCUGCACAAAGAGCACCAGGCCCUUUGCUGUGAGUAAAUAUCAACCUUAACGACACAGGAACCCCCCUUGACGAGCUCAAACUCUUCACUGUAAAGACAAAGUAAAAGGCAAUCCGGCAACCAGAAAUUGAAUUGCAGUUCAACUAUUGAUAUUUUUCUCCAAUUCAUGCUCCUGGUGACAUGCUAUACAAGUGGAACCAAUCAGAUAUUCUUUGGUGCAACUAGGAUGAACUGAGUUUGUCCUCUCUUUUUUUAUCUUGUACUGCUCCUUAUCUUUGUGUUUUCUCAUUCUUUCGGGGUGAUUUCUUCUCAAAUUUUGAUGAAAAUUGUGUCUCAAAUUAUUUGUUAAUUUGUGCUGAUCGUUUUGACUUUUGUGUAGAGGUCAAUGUUUAGUACAUGAAAGCGUGCCAUUGAUUACAAAAACAUGUUGAAAGAGUUUGUUGUUUGACCUCUUUUGGUUCUAUUUUUGUAGAAUAAUAAUAGCCUUUUGGUCUGUCUUUUCUUCUGAAAA